AUGGCGGGCCUGCGACUCGUGCUCGACCGACUCGAGGACAGCGGCAACCGCGCGGCUGUGCUCCGCUCGUGCGAGGCGUUCGGCCUGCUGCACGUCCACGAGAUCGUCGGGCUCCGCCCUUCGCAGCAGCCACGGGUCGCGCAGAAGGUCGCCGCCGCCGCCAAGCACGGCGGCAACCGGCGCAUGCGGCGCGGCGUCGGCAACGGCGGCGAGAAGUGGCUCUGUGUCCACCGGCACGAGACGGCAGCGGCGUGCGCCGAGGCGCUCCGCGGCGCGGGCUUCCGGAUCGUGGCGACGGUCCCUCCGCCCGAGGGCGACCGCAGCGACUCGUGGCACGACGCGCGCGCCGCCGCGGACGCCGCCAUCGUCGGCGAGCGCAACGAGGCGUUGGCGCAGCUGGCGACGGCAAAGCUGGAGGCGCCUUUUAGUGGGAGCGCCGCGACCAUCCCUCUCUUUGGCCUCACCGAGUCGCUCAACGUGUCUGCGCUCGUCGCCCACUACGGCCGGCUUGCGCGCACGCGGGCGCUGCGGGAGCGUGCUGGCGGCGGCGAGGCGCUGCUCAACGUCUCGGAGGGCGACCUGACCGAGGCGGAGGUGGAGGCGCUGGCGGCGGACUACUCGUCUCGCGGCAAGCGGUUUCUCGAGGAGGACCCUUGGGGGGAGGGGGCGCAGGCGGCUGCGGGCGCGGGCGUCGGAGCUGGAGGGUGGUAG